GCGCCCGAGACGUCCGUCCCGACUCGAACGCCAGUGGCGAACGCCCCGAAACAGACCCGCUCGCUUCGUUCGAGCCCACUCACACCCAGAGCGCAGGCGAUACUCUCGUCCGCACACACCACCCGCGCGCUCACGCCGACGCGCUUUCGCCAAAAGUUGCCACCCGUCACUCAAAAUCCAGAUGCACGCGUGCGGCACCACGGUCGCGUCACUCUCCCUCUCCGCUCGCGCGGCGGCGCGCGCUAAGCUCUCUAAGGUCUCCGCGAGGCACAUCACGGCGCGCUCGCCCGCGCGACGCGCGCGAACGCGCCUCGGUGUCGUCCCGAGGAGCACGCCCAAGGAGGAGAUCGAGAUGGAUCCCGACGCCAACAUCGAGCCGUGCCUCGUCGGAUGGAGCGAUCAGGACGAGAACGGGGUGGACGUGUACUGCUGCGAGCAGCCCGGCGGCGGGGUCGUGUGCAAGACGAUCAACCCGGUGGACCAGCAGGAGUGCGAGGUGGUGGAGGACGAGAAAGGAGACCUGACCGUGGCGUGCGACGACGACGAGGUGCCCAAGAGAUGAGGCUCGAGUGCCACUUUUGCUGGUUUGGCAUUUUUUCCCAACCCACCCAGGGAUCGGCGCGAGCUCCGUGCUUUCCGCGCGUAGUCGCCCGACGAACCUCGCGAUGUCAAACGUGUUGUUACAGUUACAGUUGUUACACUUAGUUACAGUUGUUACACUUCGUUGCGGUCUCAA